AUACAAGUGACAAUUAUCAGAUUUUUGCUCACUCUGCACUCACUCUCCCCCACUCUCUCUCUCACGUUUCAGCUCCCCCCUUCCCGCCUACCCCGAUGCCUGCUCCGCUGCUGCCUCCACCUCCUCUCUCUCUCUCUCUCCUCUCCCACCAAUCCUAGUCAUUCCUGUUGUUCCCCACCAUUCCCCGCCGUUCUCCGUCAUUUUUAAAGAGCAAACUAUGUGUCACCUUGAAAUUUGAUAUCAAGACUUAAUGAUUUGAUGUCGAGGAAAACGUAGAACCUUCGUGGUUGCAGUGUUUCAUUGUGGCCGAGAUUUAAGUCCUUUUGGAUUUGUUGUGACUUGCGUGUAUGUCUGUAUGUGUUGUAUGUAUUUGAAUUGUGAGAGGUGAAGGCCUCUUCUUAUAGGCGUGAGAAGGGUUUAGGCAACUUGGGCUUACUUUUUUGGACUUGUAUGUUGUUGGCUUUGAUAUAGAUUAGUCUUUUGGCAGACUAUAGUUGGACAUAUAUUCGGCCCAAUUUAACUAAUCCAAAAGAGACAACUUUAUAUUUAUUUGGAAUUGACCCAUAAAAAAAUUAUAUAUGACCCAAAUUUGAUAUGCACUCAUGUGGAGUCACAAAAGAAACCAACUAAAGUAUGCAAAUCAAUCACAUAACAAGCCAAUAUCUUUUCCUUGUAAAGAAUUCUUUAAUAAACUUUCCAAUCCUUUUAUAAAUUUGAUCCGGGUCGAAUUAUUCGAUCUCCUGAGACGAUCUCACUGCGGGUCGACUAACUCUUCCGAAACAGAUUUUGGAUCCCCUGAGAAUAAAACACGAACCGUGAGCUCGUCGGGCACGUCCCCAACAAUGACCCUCCGACGCUCAAGUUAGGUUGAUCGAGUGAAAUGAAUACGAUCUCAAAGUUCGAUCUCAAUUAAUGCAUAAAAGUUACCUCAUUUAUGGCGUAUCGGGGUCUAUUUAUAGAACACAGUUGUACGUCAAGUAUUGCGCCACGUGGCCUUAUCUUGCUGGUUCACAUUCUGAUUGAACGGUCGUCAUUGUCCGGGUCUUCCAUCAGUCUAUGCGACCCGGGUCGGGUCCUCUGCGACCCGCCCGCUACAAAACACGCGGAUCCUGAUCGCGGAAAUGACUAUAAUGCCCUUAAUGAAGGGCGUUUCAGUCUUUUCGCCGGGGUGAUAUAUAUAUACCCAUCAUUACUCCCCCACUUUUUCAAAGUGCAAGUUCGUUGCCUUUGGGAAAGUCGAACCAUCGCAUCCGUCGAUUGGCAGUCUCUGCGGACGCGUGGCGAGAUCCUGUCGGUUGACCUUCGGCGCGUUUCUCCAAAAUGGACCUCCUAUAAAUAUCCCACCAUUUGAACUCUCGGCUCUACCUCACGCAAAGACUUCUAGCGACCAAGGCUCACAUCCACACGUUCGUAUUCGAUCUGCGGCUUCUAGAGUCAUCCUGCUUUUAAGGUACGAUGCCUUCCAGCUCUAGCUCGAAUUCUAGGUUGCGAUCUGGCCCUAGGCCGCAAUUUGGUCCAGAGUCUUCUUCGUCCCAUUCUGAAUCUGCUUCGGGGUCCUCUUCUGAGUCUGGUUCUGGUUCGUCCUCUGGGUCUGGGUCUAGGUCGGUGUCUAAGUCUUCACAUGGGUCGUAUUCUACUUUUCCCAAGAGGAAAAAGAAGUUUUCUGUCACCAAACUUAACGAUGAACAAACUGGGCCCUCGGUCCUUGCCAAGUUCCAAGACCGACUCGCCAAAAACCUUUGGGAGGCUGUGGUUAGCAAAGUUAGGGUGCCUGCCCAUAAGAUUAGGAAAAAAUACCAUAUCCCCUCCGAUUUUGAUGUCGUCACCCCUGCUACCUUCGAUCGCAUGCAUCGACCUCCCGAGGGGUUUAGUGCUUUUUCUAUCAAGCACCUCGAUGCCGGGCUGCGAUUUCCUCUGGCUCCUCCUGUGGCCGCGAUUUUGAAUAAGCUGGGGUUAUGCCCUAUGCAAAUCUCCCCAAAUUCUAUUACCCAUAUCGUCCUUUUCGUCGUAAUAAUGCAAUUCGUAGGUUUAGACCCCAGUUUUGACAAUUUUUGGAGUUUGUAUUCUUUCACCACUUCCAAGCGGUCUGGGAGUAGAGGUUUCUUUUAUCUUUCGGCCAAGCCCGAGUGCAGGUAUCUGAGCGCCCUGAAAUCGAAUGUAGGAGUCUGGCUAGAUCGCUAUAUUUUCAUUCGAUCUCCUAGUGGUGUUUGGCCCAUUAAGAACGAGUGGACCAAGUAUAAACCCAUUCCGAAAAUCAGUGGAGGGGGGCUGGAGGGUGACCAAAUAAGGAGUUUAACGUCUUAUAAGUAUGAUCCCAAGAAGCUUCUCACUGAGAAGAUUUUGCAAUUAUCUGGGCUCUCUCCAGCGUCCCUUCACAUCGAAGAGUCCUUAGGUAAUUUUCUUCUUUUGGUAUCGCUUGCUUUCAUCGCUGUAGUGCUCGCAUAUGCUAACUCUUCCCUUCUUGCAGAUAGUAUAAUCAUGAGCACGCGUACUGCUAUGCGGAGGAUCGCGUCCCAGAAUAAAACGAAGAAGGGUGGUGAGAUCCGAAGGGGAAGGGCAAGGCGGUUGCUGGUGCUCCAGAUUUACCUUCGAACCUACCUCCCCCGGUUCCCUCAAAGGCGCUCGCGGUCGCAACUCCCGACGGACGUCAGCCCAUUGCAGUUGAUAGUGAGGAUACGCCUUCCGCCCCUGGUGGUCAUCUUGGCUACAACUCUUCGGAGUUAGAACUGGGUCUAGACGAGGCCAGUGGUGACCAUGGGGCCAAUUAAGGAAGCCAAGGUCCUCCACCCGAGGAGCGACCUAAGAAAAUGAAGCGAUCCUCUCCGAAGAAGGGUCAUGGGCCCAAGUCCAAGUUAGGGCCCAGCGAUAAGGGCAAGGGGAAGGAGCUCGCGGAGGCCUCUCACCCUCCUCCUUCCAAAUCGCAUAGCCCGAGCGUGCUAAGCAGGAUGGCUAAGGAAGCUGCGGACAAGACUAGUGUAGAGGAAGAUCGGGACAAAUUUUUGAGGGUGGCACAGUUGGCCACAUGUUGGGAGGAUAGCCGGGCAGCUCUUCGAGGCAAUGUGCCACCUCCCGAAUGGCAGGACAUGUCGAGCUCGUCGCUGUAUGGCGAAGCAGGAGGCGAUACUAUUGCUGUCUACAUCUCAUUCGUCUCCGUUCGCGAUCAAGGGGCGCUUGUGACGAAUAGCCCCAUUCGGCUGGAGGAGUUCGCAGCUCACUCCAUGGUCCAGGUAUUCUAUCGGUUGGCGUCGAUCUCCCUUCUGUUCUAUUAUUCACUGCAUUUGAUUUUGCAGACCAUGACCUUCCUCCGAAGCCUGAGCCUCAAAUGCACCCACUACCGAAGGAGUUAUAUCUAAACUGAUCAGAAGGUGCAGGAUCUCAGGGUUCAGCUAGCAGAGCGAGACGAGACAGAACGCAAACAGGAGGAUAAUCUGCUAGCCUUGGGCGACGAGGUCCAAAAGCUGCGAGCCGAGCUCGAUGCCUCCAAAAAGGAUAAGGAGAUCCUCCGUUCUGAGCAUGAAGUAGCUCUACGGAGGCCAAAAAAGAGGCAUUCGAGGCCGGGCGUGAGGCUGGCCUCGAGGAGGGCCGUAAACGUGGGGUGGAAGAGGGCCAAGCCGGCCGCAUUCCAAUCGAAGAACAUCAACGCAUUUUGGCCGGCUCUAGGAUGUCCGCGGUUCGUGACUUUCUGAAGACCGAUACUUUCACGACCGCUCUCGAGAUCAAAUCUGCGGACUCGUUCGCCAAAGGCUAUGAGACCUGCUUGUCUCAGGUCGAAAAGCUUGGCGGAUUUACCGAGUCUUUUGACCGCAGCAAAUUGGACAUCUCGCUCGAUGGCGACCUCCAACCCCUUCCCCCGGAUCCUGAGCUGAAAGAUGACGAGUUUAUGGUCCUGAGGGACGAGCUAGAGGCGGAAGCUGAUGCCUGAUCAAUCCCGAUCUUCUAUUUUUUUAAUAGGAUUUGAGCUGACUGAUCAAAAUGUAAAUCCUAGAGAUUUUUAGAAACAUCAUUUUUUGUAGACAGGACGUCGGGGUGAGGAUUUUUUACGACCCCUAUAUAUGACAUUUUGUUAAUGGAAAGAUUUUCCUCAACUUUUGGCAGCUCGCAUAUUUUGCUUCUUUAUUUGCCCAUUGCAUGUCCUACUGAUCGCAUGAAGCUUGCCUCUUUUCAAUCGUUCUUUCAAUUCGCGUGUGACUUUAAUGCGUCUUUUUCAGUUCGCAUAUUGGACGCGUCUUUUUCAGUUCGCGUUUUGCU